GUUGGAGCAGUCCAUUGGAGCUGCCCGGGGCGCUGCAGCUUCGGCUGGGCAUGGAAACGGCGAUCCGCUACGCGGCGGACCGUCUCCUCAAUACACCGUAACGUUCGCUAUCACACAAUAAAAAUUACAUUUCUGCUUAAGUACGUCGUGUUUUUCCUCCCGCGGCUCUUUGUCAAACCUCGACAAAACUUGACAAAAAGGUACAAACCCGUGAAGAUCCAUUUCACUCGGCAACUGUUGCACGCAGAUUAUCGGCUUCAUUGCUUUGUCGUGCGUCUAUUACUUUUAGCCAGUGCAUUCGAUAAUUAUCACAACAGGUUUUUAUUUGUUUGUUUAAUUAAGUUAUAAAGCGAAUAAGGAGGAAAAGAAACUGAUCGGCCAGGAAAGAAGUGGAGUUCAGACUGCCUGCGCCCGGCAGACGGGGCGACGGACUUGCUGGGAUCUGUAGCGGCACUGGUGAGGAGAGCCAGGUGGAAUUAGCAAGUGAGUCAAGUGGAAGAAAAGACCCAACACAGAGGAGAAAGAGAGGAGUAAAGGAGUGAAGAAGAGAGGUGAGGCAGCAGGAUGGGGAAGCAGAACAGCAAGCUCCGUCCAGAGGUGCUGAAUGACCUCCGAGAGAACACGGAGUUCACGGAUCACGAGCUGCAAGAGUGGUAUAAGGGCUUCCUGAAGGACUGCCCCACAGGCCAUCUGACCGUGGACGAGUUCAAGAAGAUCUACGCCAACUUCUUCCCCUAUGGCGAUGCCUCCAAGUUCGCUGAGCACGUCUUCCGCACCUUCGACACCAACGGUGACGGCACCAUCGACUUCCGGGAGUUCAUCAUCGCGCUGAGCGUGACGUCGCGUGGUAAGCUGGAGCAGAAGCUCAAGUGGGCCUUCAGCAUGUACGACCUGGACGGCAACGGCUACAUCAGCCGUGCUGAGAUGCUGGAGAUAGUGCAGGCGAUCUACAAGAUGGUGUCCUCGGUGAUGAAAAUGCCAGAGGAUGAGUCCACCCCAGAGAAACGGACGGACAAGAUCUUCAGACAGAUGGAUACUAACAAUGACGGUAAACUCUCCCUAGAAGAAUUCAUCAAAGGUGCCAAGAGUGACCCCUCCAUCGUCCGGCUGCUGCAGUGCGACCCCAGCAGUGCCAGCCAGUUCUGAGUGGCCAGAUGGUGGGGAGACUGACGGUUUUCGACCCCCCUACAGCACCGUGUCCAGGCCUGACAGCGGCUCCUCACAUGCAGCCAGAACGCCCCUCCAUUCCAGCACCACCGUGAACAUUUUGCAGUCAGAAUUUUCCUGUUUUUUUUUUUUUUUUUAAAUACUUUUAUGAUCAUUGCUGUUGUUACUAACGUUUUGCUUUGUGUUUUGAGGUUACCACUUCACCUCAGUCCAUUCGGCGAUGGCUGUAUCAUCACGGUUGCUCCUCUGGGUCCCGUUCCUGCUGCCAGCUGUGACCGUGUGUGGUUGUGUGUAUACUGACCAUUACGUGCACACACGUGCAAAGUGGUUGACCUUUGGUGUUGCACGCAGUUUGCCCACCAUUUCCGAGGUGCCCCAUUCACAGCACAAUUGCUCCGUGACGCUCGCUGGCCAAUUUGGUGGCGGAUGGCUUUUCGUGGCUGGAUGUCGUCCCGUCCUUUACGGGGAAAGCUCUCAUCGGUUCAUUUCUUACUACUCAAAGGGUAUGGCUUACUGUAACGCCGUUGUCGCUGUUUUGUACUCUGAUGGAAGUCCUUUGCAAUGUUAGUGGGUCUCGGCGAUUCCGUUUAAUGCAGCUGUGGUCAUAACACGGUGAAACCACCCUGGUGUUUGUCAGUUCCUCCAAAGACGCACGUUUCAUCUGAUUAUCUCUCUGCUCCUUUACUCUGAUGCCCAUGAAUUUGCACGAGUGUCCAGUUCUCUCUUUGGGUGUCCUGCAUGCAUCACGACUGGGGGGCCACAAGCUCCCUUUCAUUACAGAUUAAAGGGGAAUGCUUAUGAAUGACAUUCCUUUAAGGAAGCACACUGCGGUGUCAUGGGAACACAGGCAACAGAAUCUGGAGCCUCCGAAAAUGAAAACACAACGUUUUAGAUUUCUCACUCUAUGGCAGUCCCCAGUGAUCCCCCAUGCUGCCCCCACCACAGCUCUGCUGUCACCUAUGCGCCUUACAGUGAGAAUCUCUACAUUCCAGUGUUACGGGAUACUGCAUCUGUUGCUUACUGCCAAGACGUGUAAUUGGAGAGAAUAGUAAUAAUAAAGUGUACCGUUUCCUUGUCAA